GACCAACACAAACGCGCCGGCGGCGCCCGAAAGCAACCCCGAACCCACGGCGCGUCGCUGCCCGGCACCACCGCACCACUCCUGUCCCCCCGGCGACGGCACGAUGCGGCAGCAGCCUUUCUCGCGGCACGCCGGCUUCUUCGCCUCCCUCCAGCGGGUGGAACACCGACUGGCCUCGGAGUCGGAGCAACACCAGGAGCAGAAGAAGAGCCCGCCGCCGCCGACACCGGCAACGGCAGCAGCAACGGCGCGCCAAUCCGAGGCGUCGCCGUUCUCGGACACCAUGACCGCCUCCCCCCUCCUCUUCCUCGACCCAGCAGCGCCCGCACCAGCGCCCAGCGGCACGGCCGCGGACCGCGACAGCAGCGGCCCGGCGCUGGACUUCCUCACCGCCGUCACCGAAGAGGACCAGCGCAUCCAACAGGAUGACGACGACGGAGACGACGGCGGCGGGGAGGACAUCGCGAGGCUCAUGGCGCUGCUCGGCCUGUCACCGCCGCAACCUCCGCCGUGGGGCGGCGACAGCAUCCGCCGCGACGACGAAGACGGAGGCGGGUGCGACUGCAGCGGCGCCGACGGGUUCCUGGCCAAGGUCGUGGGCAUGGUCGGACCCAAGUGCGACAGGGAGAAGGCGAGGCUGGACGCCUGGAUCCGCCAUUACCACCGCGGGGGAGGCGUCGGGUGCAGGGAGCCCGCGAGGCUGGCGCACCUGCUGCUCGCCAGGGCUUCCGGCGACACGGCGGCCGUUGCGUUCCCGGCCAGCGUCAAGGACUUCUUGGACCACGAUCCGCCACGGCAGUUGACGGACGAGUCGGAGUGAUGGUCCAUAAUAAUAAGCGCAUCCGGUAACUGCCUACCUUUCCAAUCAGUUUCACAAAACCGCAUGUCUCCGGUUUGCAUCACUCUUGCCUUCUCUUCCCUGGAUAAUGUAAAUCGAGCAACUGCACCUGCAUCUCAAGCUUCACUUUUUGUCUCACCCUGGAUGACGUAGCAAUGUUUUGGUUUGGCUUAACAGGAUAUGCUGUAAUUUCCCUGUGAGGCAUGAAAUUGAUCUAGCAUGACAGUGGUAUACUGUUAUUUGUUUGCCUUUGUAAUAGGAGAAUUAAUGUUUUGUAAGAAAUGCAUGAAUGCUCGGAUAUGGACAGUGGGUCCAACAAGCUGAAAGUGGCUUCAGAGUUAAGACUGAUUAUAAGAGACAGGAAGAAAGAUCAUUAGCUUA